AUGGCGGAGGCGAAGGAUCUGCUGCGGGGGCUCUCGGGAGACUUCACGGCGGCGGUAUUUCCGGCGGCGGCGGAGGAGGAGGAGGAGAACUCCGGCGAGGUGGAGCUCACCCUCGGCCUCUCCCUGGGCGGCUGCUUCAGCGGGGAGCCAGGCUCGAGGAAGGGGACUCUCCUGCGCUCCUCAUCCAUCGCCUUCCUCCCCUCCCUGCAGCAGGGGAAGGAGGACUCCAUAGCCAUGACGGCCGCGCUCGCGAGGACCAGCUCACUGCCGGUGGAGACGGAGGAGGAACAGAGGAAGCGGAAGGAGUUGCAAUAUCUCCGGCGACUGGAAGCCAAGCGGAAGAGAUCGGAGAAGAGGAUCAACUCCCGAUCGUCGGCCAGAAAUCGCGCCGGCGGAGAGGACCAGCAGCAGGAGGGGAAUAAGAAGGCCGCUGGAGACUCAGCGGCGGCGGCCGGCGAGGGGUCGCAGGGCCCCCAAGGGAGCAGCUCCUCCGUGGUCUCCGACUUCGACCACCCGCCGCCACCUACUCGUCAAGGUAAGUCUCAAAAACCAGGGAAUCAAACUUGCAAGGUCUGAUCUAGGGUUUCUGAGGCCGGGCGCUUCCAUCCAGGGUCCGGCGCGGCGGCAGGGGCUUCCAACGGUGGCGGAGAAACUCUGCCGGCGACGGCCUCGCCGGAGAAGACGGUGGCGGAGUUGAGGGGGAUGAUGGAGGAGAUGCCCUGCGUGUUCACGGUGGGCGGUGGGGGGAGGAGGGUGGAGGGGUUUCUCUACAGGUACAGGAAGGGGGAGGAGGUGAGAAUAGUCUGCGUCUGCCAUGGCCGGUUCUUCUCUCCAGCGGAGUUCGUCGAGCACGCCGGCGGCGGGGUGGUCGCCCACCCCCUCCGGCACAUCGUCGUCAACCCAUCGCCGGCGGGCUUCUGA